GCGAGCCAUGGCUCCAAGGUCUUUGCCGAUUUUGCUGCUUUCUGCUCUGCUUCUGCUCUCCUCCAUUCUGGUGGCAUUCCAGACUGAAGUGAGGAGAAUACCCGCUGCCCUACGGACGCAACACGCGCAACAGCCGCUGGAGCACAUCCACAUACCUCACGAGAUACACAAUUCCAACAACCUAUCCAACGACUUAUCCAACUUACAUGAUGUGAAGCUGACAUCUUUCUCAGAGUCAGCUGAGAUUUUUCCGGGAUCAACAAGAUCGACAUCCACCAAGUCAAUCAGUUCAACAAGGACACCAAGGACAACUACCCACCCUCCAUUGAUUCCAGCAUUGAUUCCAGGGCAAUCAGCAUUACCUUGGACUCCUGUCUCAUUGGAUGCCAAAGGUAUCGAACAACUGGAACUGGGCAUCAAUUUCUCCUUGGCUUGCAAUGCAAGUUGCCGAGCCAAUCGCUUCAUGUGUGAAGAACAUGAAAUUUCUCGGUGUUUCGGUAUGGAUUGCCAGUGCUCCAGCGGCUUUCUGCUUCCCGCCGAAUCCAAAACUUUGCCUUUGAAAGGUCCUCGUUUUGCCAUUGUUCUAGCAGGGAUGACCAGGUCCUUCUUUAGUACACUGAUGAAUGAGUUUUGGCGACUCUUUCUGGCUCGCUUCGAUGGAGACUUGGUGCUUUUUGCCGUUUUGACCACUAUCUCGAGCCAAAAGUUCAGAGGGACCGGCUUGACAGCGAGGAAAGACCAGGUCUGGUCUAAGUUCACGGUGAAAGAAUUGCGAGAAGCCUUGGAGAAUCUCAACGUGACAUGGGACGCAGCGUUUGUGGAGGAUGCGACCUGCGGUUGGCAGGUCGCACGUCAGUACGUUCAAGACCCUACACUUCGAGCAAUGCUGGACGUCAAGGCCAAAUUUCCCGGGGAAGGUGGGCAGAACAACCUAUUUCGUGCGCGUGUUAUAGCUUUUGAUCGUAUAUUGCGGUAUGAAAUGCAGACUGGACAGCGCUUUCGCCAGCUGCUCGUACUGCGGCCGGACUUUGCGCCGUAUUUGGGGCACGACGAUCCCGCUUUCGUAGUUUCGUCGGUGAAAGGCAGCGUGUACGCCUACAAUGAUUUGAUCAACAUCUUUGAGCGGAAGUUCGCUACGUAUGUCUUCACUGAACCUGCCACAAUCCGUUCAUCAUUCACAACAUUGGACAAGGAUGCCUGGCAAUCUUUGCUCUGGAAACUCUGGAAUCGCUCCAACACCAGUCACACCGUGCUUUUACCGAAUGCUCACUGGGCUUUGCACGGUGCACCGAUUUGUGGUGCUUUUUUGCAAGCUAUUCCUGAUAUUCCUUGUACCUCGUGGAACUUCGAAGUCAACGCAACUAUGGGUUUUAUCCGGGACCGUUGGGGGGUGAAGGGGCCGCAACAUGUGUGCGUGGAUCGCUUACGGGGCGCUCCAUUGAAGUUCAUCAAGGACUACUUUCGCCGGCUUGGGAUGAACCAAAGUCUCGUUGAGGACCUCAGCCUGUGCAUGCCUGUGCCAAAGCAAAUGAGCAAGAGAUAAUCCCUUCCUCCUAAUACGAAAUGUCCCCCCCUAUUAUUAAACACGGCAGGUAGUUUUUAGAUGUUUUUA